AUGAAUUAAAAGCAUUUUACAUUGUAGAAUUCAAUUCAAUAUCUCAAAGAAUAUAACGGCUUCUAGGAAUUUACUCAGAUAAAGCUAACCGAUCAUAAUAAAAAACGAUAUAUAUAUCCUGUAAUUUAAAUCUCUCUAUAAAGGUUUUAACAUUGAAAUGCAUACAUAUAAAGUAUGCUACAAACUUAGAAACAGUUCUUGAUGAAAUUAACCUUAAAGGACUAUUCGUAUGCGAAUGCAAAAACACAGCUAAUCAUCCCAGUUAAUUGCAAAAAGAUAUCAGAUGGGGUGCUAAUGAGGAAAUCAAUGAAAUCUUCGAUGAGGGUACAGUUAUUCAUAAUAAACUAUUCCAUAAUUUUCAAAGGGCGAGGAGAUACAAUGCAGCCCUUACUGAUUAAAUUGUUCUUUCUAGUUUAAAAAAAUUGCUAGAAUAAUAAAAUUCUAGAAUUAUAAGCAAAAUACUUUAGAGAUAGGGUUAAAAUUUUUAAAAUCAAAAGAACAUCAUUUUUAAAGCAAUCUGCCUAUUGGAUUCUGUAUCACUCAAUAUUCCUGUAAGAUUCAAUAAUUGUGAACAUCCAGAAUGCUAUGAUUUAGCCAGUCUAUUGGUUUAUUUAAAAGAGAAUUCUAAAAUUUAAGGCCAAGCUGAUAAAUUAAUAUAGUUCUAGUGUAAACAAAGGACAUGUCAAGUUAAAGUGGAUAUUUCAACUGUAAAAAAUUUAUUUGACAAUAUCUAUAUUGAUAAAGAACUCUUAAAACUGAUUUAAAAAGGGCUACCCAGUAUUUAUAAAUACAUCUAUAAUCCAAAUUCUCAAUAGAUUUAAUAAGAUUUCUUAAUAUAGAGUAAAAUAAUAGUAGAUCGAUAAAUCUAUUAAAGAUACUAACAAGAAGUAAACUAAUAAGCACUAGCUUCAAACGAAGCAUAUUAGCAAUUUUAGAAAUUAGUUAUGGAAUUUGCUCACUCAAUUUUACAAAGAACCUCUAUCGUUCAGACAGAACAGAAGCUGAGACUUUUUAAAUAUAAGGAAUUUGAAGUUCAGCCUAUGAUUGAGAAAAUAGAACAGCCUGCUAGGUGUAUCAAUUGCCAUAUAUCUUAAGUGAUGGAAUUAAAAUACCUACUCUCUGAUUUUUAAAAAUAAAAAGACCUGUAUAAAUAACAAAUAAGGCCAUUGAUAUGCCCUUUAUGCUAAAAUAACCAUAAGUAUACUGUUUAUAUUCCAAAUGUUAUAUAUUUUGAUAAAAACUUGUUUGAUGCUUAAGAACAAGGGUUUUUAGAAAAGUCUGGAGAAAUUCAUAUUUAUAAUGGGAAAAAAUUGAUGAAGGAAGAAUUUCAACAAAAAUAAAAAGUUGAAUUAGAAGAGUUUAAGAAAAUUCUCCAAAAUGAAAAUCAAAAUUAAGUGUGCACUUUUACAUAACUUUAUUGUUGUUCAAAUCCAGCGAUACGAAUUAGUUGGCCAUUAGUUCUUAAGAACUGCCCAGAAUAGAGAAUCGUCGAUUUUGAGAGUUUUUAUAAUCGCAUUCAAUAAUUAGACGUAAAAAAUUACCAUGAAAAAUGUCUUAAAUUUUGUAAUUGCUAAUAUUGCUCUGAUAACCCAUUUUCCUUUGAAGAAAUAGUUUUUAAUGUUUAUUAUCAUGAGGCAUUUUAUAUAGCUUUGACUCAAUUUAAUAAAUCAAAGUUAAAAUUCGAGCCCUAUUAAUUUACCUAUGAUUUUUAGUCAAAUAGGAUUAUUGAAGAAUCUAUUCAUACUAUAUCGUCGAAAAGCAUUAUUAUUAAUGAAAAAUCAUUUAUCAAAGGGUUUAAGACCAUUUAAGAUGAAUACCAAGCUAUGUUUGACCAAAAGUAAAUACAAGGGUAUUAGUAUUAAAUUGUUUCAAAUCAAUUAACUACCUAAUUCGCAAUAAUCGAAAACACUAGAGAAGGUUAUAUAGGAGAGUCAAAAACUUAGUUAAAAGAGAUCAACGAAAAAAUACAAAAUAAUAAAGUUGCUAAAUAAUAUCGUUUUGAGAUUGAUAAAACAGAAUUUCAAACUAAUGGUUUUAUAAAAUUAGCAAGGGGAAAUGUUAGUUGGCAGUAAAAUUGA